UAAGACCUUUAACCAGGGGUGGGUGGUGCACUGGUGUCGUGGGUUAUCAAUGUGCACCACGACCUGGCUUGUGCAAUACUUUAAUCACCAUGAUUAAUCAAUAGGCUGUGUCCAUAGACUUCAUUUGAGCCCUAAGAGAUGAGUGGAGAGUCUGAACCAGCAAUAGAAAUGCUGGUUUAGUGGUUUGUCUUCAUCCCAGUUGUCUAACCUCCUCUUCUGAUUCUGCUCACCUGCAGAAUGCAUCACGUUUAAUGUCGCCUACGUUUUUUCAACUGCUCCUCUUUAUUUUCCUGAGCUGUUUGUCUGCACGGAGAAUCUUCAGACUCGUAUAAAGUCCAAAGUCCACUGAGACAGUGCACUUGUAGUAAAUGUUGCAGCAAUCGAAUAUAGAUCCUGUUUAUUACUCGUUACUACCUUUCAAUCAAGAUCCUAAGCCCUUCUAUGCCGAAGAAGACCUCUCAUUUUCAGACGUCAGCGAUUAUGAUGAUGAUGAUGAAGAUGAUGAUGGUUAUUUUCAGCAACAGAAAGCUGCUCGCCAGCCUAAAGAGCCACAUUCACAAACAACAAAAAGCACUGAUGACAAGGAUGAUAAAGAUGAAAUGAAAGCAGAAGAGCGAUGCAAGGAGAAAAAGCAAAAGAACAGGCGUAAAAAGAUGCGUCAAAAGGAAAAGAAACGAUCAGAAAAAGAGAAUACAGUCAUUUUACCUGAGGAAGAACCAGGCAAGUCUGAGUCCUCUGAAAUUCAGGAAGAAAAUCCUUCUACUGACAAUAAUGCAGAAGCAAAUAAAUCCCCAGAAUGUGAUAAAACUCAAAAUGAAACCGAAGCUGCCGGACUAGAGGAAAGGAGCAUUGUUAAUAAUAAAGAGGAAAAUCUUGCUACAAUUAAUAAGAAAGAAGAAGAGGAGGAAAAGGAGUUGGAUUCCAAUAAUUCAUAUGCUGUUAAAUCGGUGCCCGAGGAGACAUGUAACCAGAAGCCUGCACUGGAAAUACAGGAAAGCCAAUUAGUGGAAGUUCUGCAGCUCGAGGAGAAGAAGCCUGAAGUUGUGGAAGAUCCUGAUGUUCAAAAGGAAGAGAAAACCGAGCCCAAAGAAGAGCAAUUACAAGAAGAGAACACGCAACAGAAAACAACGGAUACAGCCGCAGAGGAGUAUGCAAAAAGAAGCAGAGAGCUGGCUGGUACAGGGAAUCGUUUGGCGGCUUCUGGAAUGUUUGAGAUGGCGAUUGAAUGCUUUACCGACGCCAUUAAAUUCAACCCAAGGGAAUAUAGGUUGUUUGGAAAUCGGUCCCUCUGUUAUGAAAGAAUGCAGCAGUUUGAAAAUGCUCUGAGAGAUGCUGAUCUGGCGCUCUGCAUGGAACCAAACUGGAUAAAAGGUUUAUUCAGGAAGGGGAAAGCUCUGUGUGGGCUCAAGAGAUACUACGAGGCCUCGCUGGUCUAUGAUGAGGUGCUACAGCUGGACGGUUCCAGUGCUGAAGCCAAGCAAGAGUUAAAACGAGCACAGACGCUGCACCUCAUGGAAAUGGGCUUCAGCUGGGCACAGAGCAACGAGGCCCUGAAAAAUCACGCCACGCUACAGGAAGCUGUUGAAGCUCUGUUUGCUGGUCACAAUAAUCCCCAAGGUGCCGGUGCCAGCAGGGACAAUACAGAUGAACGCGUGCUGCAGGAAGAAGAUGGCGAGGAGGGAGGGUGGACUGUCCCACAAGCAAAUCAUUAUCGAGCGCAGCGGGUCAGAGUGCCUGCUCUGAGUUCUUCUCCGCUGCAGAACAGAUCGCAGUCUCAUUCGCCGACUCUCCGUUCGAGGAAUUCUCUGAAACCGGAGCUCUUCUCCAUCUGGGUUGGCGCCUUGGCUCCGACCGUCACCUACGCUUCAAUUCAUGAGCUCUUCAGCAGAGUUGGAGCGAUCUACAGCAUCAAGAUAUUGCUGGAACACGAAUGUGCCUUUGUGAACUACACAAGACUGGAGGACUGUGACAGAGCCAUCCAGUGUUUUAAUGGGAUGGUGUUAGAAGGGGUCGUGCUCUCUGUGCGAUAUCCCUUCAAAGGCCAAGGUGGACUUGGUCUGGGCAAGAAGGAGUGCUUCUUCUGGAGGACCACAGGCUGCACGAGGCAGGACUGCACCUUCAGACACGUCCCUGAGCACAAGAACAUCGACAGGGAGAAAUUCACCAGUCGACUGGGCUACAACUACAUGUAGGGAAUCAAACAUGACUCUGGAGGUCCGACUCUGGUGGGGGGGGGCCACUGUUCUGGUCUUAGAUUUGGUUCUCGUGACAAUCGGCUGCAGGAAAAGAAAAUGUGUUUGGAUUUUUAAAAUGUUUGCAUCAGCACGAUGGCCGUCACUGUUUCAUGAAUGCAAAGAACACUACUAGAAGAGAAUGUGCCUUUUACAUCAAGACACCUCAAGCUUUUUUAUCAGGGAUUAUCUGUGCUCUUAUCUGUUCUAAGAUUUUGUUCAAACACUCAAUCUUUUCUUAAUUGCGUUUCUUAAUUUAAAACUUGAGAUAUAACAUGUUUUUCUGAGGACUUUUAGUCACCACUAGGUGGCAUCAUUACAUUUAUCCCUCCACAAACUGCUGCUUUCAUUUUAAAGGCUGUGAUUGAUGAGUAGUUUUGCUUUGGCACAUUUGAGGAGCCGUGUUUAGUUUUGAUUCUGUUCAGUAACCUGCAGGGACACUGUUUGUUUAAUGUCUUCUAUGGGUCGUUAUGUAGAUUAUCUAUAAACUUUAAAAUGCUCUGAUUUAUGGGAGAAUCUGUUCAAGGUGGGAUGAUGAAGCCUCAACACUAAGUGUGUUAAUGUCCACACUUACAAGACCAAACACUAAUAAUGAUAUAAAGUCGGUCUCAAGGCUAAAGACAGAUUCUGAAUCUUUCAGUCCUCAUCGUGCAAAUCUUCCAAAUUUGGGACGUCACCACGAGGUCAGAGGAAGCCUGACUGGAGAAUGAGAAGGUUUGUCAUUGUCCCACCCACAAUGCAUUACCAGAAUAAUCCCGGCAGCAGCUGUGUAUCCUGUUGCAGUGUCUUUCUGUCAGAAGCCCUUCUCAGUUAUGAAGAAUGACUCUCGUCCCUCAGAUUUCAUUUACACAAGCUUCUUCUGAGCCUAACACUCCUCAGUGUCCCUGACGCUGCCUCCAGGCUGUUUACUGUAGCUCCGUCUCAGCCCGGCAGGUUUGUUAUUUCACCCGGAGCAGAUCUGGAUCUGGAUCAGUCCUGCGACUCCUGUUAUGCAACGUCUGGAGUGUGAAUUACAAAAUCUUCCCAAAGAGCUGAAUAAUCGCCUGAAAACGAGUUUGCUCUGGAGGGAAAAGGUUUUGGCCUUUAGCUGUGAAAAGUGCUCGGUCUGGACCUUCCAGGCCGAGCAGCUGGACUCGUGGGCAUUAAUUGGCCUGAUGGUGGCAUACCUCACAAAGCCCUUUUGAUCUGUGUGGGAUCUGAGAGCAUGAAAGGCCUGUGAUACUAAUAACAUGAACUCUGCCUGAACCCGCAGGCAGCACUGGGACAUGUGCUUGAUAUAUCACCAACUUGCAAAAAGGGUCUAUAUUUAAUCUGAUCGGUCGGCUCGGCUCGGCCCCCACUAGAAACCUGUUCAAAUGCAGAUAAAGACUGAUAAGAGCUCAGUGUUCACAGACCGGCAGGAACCAACAUCCCGCCACUCCGCGCCCCGGACAGAGCCAAUCCCUGACUUAACCAAAGCAAACACCAGGAAGAUUAAACGUGUCUUGUAAAACGGGGGCCGCCUGGUUUGGAGAGCUUUUAACGGAUUUCUCCCCCCCCCUAAAGGAAACAGAGAAACACACAGGAACAGAAAUUAACCAGCUGACACGGCAGGUUGCUCUCCCACUCUUUGCUUUUUGAUAUAUGGCUACGCAGCAAAAAAUCCUCCACACUCCCCCUCGAGAGGUUUUUCAGCCGGGGUAAUUGAAUGCAUCUCUGUGCGCGCGGGGACACAUGAUCAAAUUUUUAUUCUAAUUUCUGUGGUUCCUCCGCGCCGGUAAAUAAACUGUUGAUGUGACGAGAGGGAGAAGCUGAGUCACGCUGUAUGUCAACAGUCUAAUUUGUCUCUCAGGAAGCCAAAAUAAAUGCUCCUCUGCAGCUGCUGGGCUCCACACGCCUUCGCUCGAACCCCAUAACGUCCCCAGCAGGGCUGCUGCUGUUUGUCCUCUUUUUAAAGGAGGGACACACGUCACACCGAACACACCAAAGUUUGUUCAUGUUUUAUUCACCCACAAAUACUUGGAGGGACAUUGUCCUUGCAUUUUAACAUCGUAUGACUGAUGAGACAUUUUCAGCCAGAGUCUGAGCCGUUUUUCAGUCUGAACUGAUCAGUCGGAGCUUUUCCUCUGAUUUAAAACUUAAAAUGGUCCGAGAUCAUCUUUUAUUCCUUUUAUUUCUUUGCCAAAAAUUCGCUAUUUUUUUUAAUGAGAUUCUGGUGACAGAACAGUUAUAGUUGUUCUUGAAGAAGGUUUGCUGGAUUUCUGAGUGUUCAUAUUUAAAUACAUGCUUAAGGUUGUUUUGUUUUUUCAUAAAUGUAAGUUGAAUUUUUACUGAAAUACUUGACUAAACUUUAGGAGAUUAAAGACUUAACUUGGA